GAGCGAGCCGGAGAGCAGGCGGGCGGCGCAGCCGGCGUGUCUGGGCCGCCUCACAGGGAGGGAGGGCGAGGGCGGGGGCGGCCGGCCGCCCGGGCGGCGACCCCGGGCCCCGGCCGCCAACAUGGGCUUCGAGCUGGACCGCUUCGACGGCGACGUGGACCCGGACCUGAAGUGUGCGCUCUGCCACAAGGUCCUGGAGGACCCGCUGACCACCCCGUGCGGCCACGUCUUCUGCGCCGGCUGCGUCCUGCCCUGGGUGGUGCAGGAGGGCAGCUGCCCGGCGCGCUGCCGCGGCCGCCUGUCUGCUAAAGAGCUCAACCAUGUCCUGCCGCUCAAGCGCCUCAUCCUCAAGCUGGACAUCAAGUGCGCGCAUGCGGCGCGCGGCUGUGGCCGGGUGGUCAAGCUGCAGGAGUUGCCGGAGCACCUCGAGCGCUGCGACUUCGCGCCGGCGCGCUGCCGCCACGCGGGCUGCGGCCAGGUGCUGCUGCGGCGCGACGUGGACGCACACAUGCGCGACGCGUGCGACGCGCGGCCCGUCGGCCGCUGCCAGGAGGGCUGCGGGCUGCCCCUGACACACGGCGAGCAGCGCGCGGGAGGCCACUGCUGCGCGAGGGCGUUGCGGGCGCACAACGGCGCGCUGCAGGCCCGCCUGGGCGCGCUGCACAAGGCGCUCAAGAAGGAGGCGUUGCGCGCGGGCAAGCGCGAGAAGUCGCUGGUGGCGCAGCUGGCGGCCGCACAGCUCGAACUGCAGAUGACCGCGCUGCGCUACCAGAAGAAGUUCACCGAGUACAGCGCACGCCUCGACUCGCUCAGCCGCUGCGUGGCCAGCCAGGCACCCGGCGGUGGCAAGGGUGAAGAAACUAAAAGCCUGACCCUUGUCCUGCGUAGGGAUUCUGGCUCCCUGGGAUUCAAUAUUAUUGGUGGCCGGCCAUGCCUGGACAACCAAGAUGGAUCAUCCAGCGAAGGAAUCUUUGUAUCCAAAAUAGUUGACAGUGGGCCCGCAGCCAAGGAAGGAGGCCUGCACAUUCAUGACAGGAUUAUUGAGGUCAAUGGUAAAGACUUAUCCAGAGCAACUCAUGACCAGGCUGUGGAAGCUUUUAAGACAGCUAAGGAGCCCAUUGUGGUGCAGGUGUUAAGGAGAACGCCUCGGACCAAAAUGUUCACCCCUCCGGCGGAGUCCCAGUUGGUGGACACAGGCACCCAGACUGACAUCACCUUUGAGCACAUCAUGGCCCUGACAAAGAUGUCCUCUCCUAGCCCACCUGUGCUAGACCCCUAUCUCCUGCCAGAAGAGCAUCCCUCGGCCCACGAGUACUACGACCCAAAUGACUACAUGGGGGACAUCCACCAGGAGAUGGACAGGGAGGAGCUGGAGCUGGAGGAAGUAGACCUCUACAGACUGAACAGCCAGGACAAGCUGGGCCUCACCGUGUGCUACCGGACGGAUGACGAAGAUGACAUCGGCAUUUAUAUAAGUGAGAUUGACCCUAACAGCAUUGCAGCCAAGGAUGGCCGCAUCCGGGAAGGAGACCGCAUCAUUCAGAUUAACGGGAUAGAGGUACAGAACCGUGAAGAGGCUGUGGCUCUUUUGACCAGUGAAGAAAAUAAGAACUUUUCACUGCUGAUUGCAAGGCCUGAACUCCAGCUAGAUGAGGGCUGGAUGGAUGAUGACAGGAAUGACUUCCUCGAUGACCUGCAUAUGGAUAUGCUAGAGGAGCAGCACCACCAGGCCAUGCAGUUCACAGCCAGCGUGCUCCAGCAGAAGAAGCACGAGGAAGACGGUGGGACCACAGACACAGCCACCAUCCUGUCCAACCAGCACGAGAAGGACAGUGGCGUGGGCCGGACCGAUGAGAGCACCCGCAACGAGGAGAGCUCAGAGCAGGAGAACAACGGGGACGACGCCGUCGCCUCCUCCAACCCACUUGCAGGCCAGAGGAAGCUCACGUGCAGCCAAGACACUCUGGGCAGCGGAGACCUGCCCUUCAGCAACGAGUCCUUUGUCUCCGCCGACUGCACCGAAGUGGACUACCUGGGCAUCCCCGUGGAUGAGUGUGAGCGCUUCCGCGAGCUGCUAGAGCUCAAGUGCCAGGUGAAGAGCACCAGCCCCUACAGCCUCUACUACCCCAGCAGCCCUCUGGAUGCCAGCAAGAGCGACCCCGAGAGUGUGGACAAGGAGCUGGAGCUGCUCAAUGAGGAGCUGCGCAGCAUCGAGCUGGAGUGCCUGAGCAUCGUGCGCGCACACAAGAUGCAGCAGCUCAAGGAGCAGUACAGGGAGCCCUGGCUGCUGCACCACAGCGGCUUCCGCAACUACAACACCAGCCUGGACAUGCGCCGCCACGAGCUGUCCGAUAUUACCGAGCUGCCCGAGAAGUCAGACAAGGACAGCUCGAGUGCCUACAACACUGGCGAGAGCUGCCGGAGCACCCCACUCACCCUGGAGAUCUCCCCUGACAACUCCUUGCGGAGAGCAGCCGAGGGCCUCAGCUGCUCAGGCAGCGAAGGGGCUGGGGCCGUUGGAUCUGCAGAGGGCUAUGGGCCAUGCUCUAAGAACCUGCUCGCCAUCACGGAAGACCCCGAGGUCGGUACCCCAAACUACAGCCCUUCGGCCAAAGAGCUAGAUCCCAGCCAAUCCCCAGAGAGCAAGGAGCGCAGAGCCAGCGAGGGCAGCAGGAGCCCCACGGGCAGCCCGAAGCUGGGAGGUGCCUACCUGUCUUCUGCCCCGCACUCCCCAUACAAGCAUGCACACAUCCCAGCCCACGCGAGACACUACCAAAGCUACAUGCAGCUGAUCCAGCAGAAGUCGGCUGUGGAGUAUGCGCAGAGCCAGAUGAGCCUGGUGAGCAUGUGCAAGGACCUGGCCUCUUCCAACUCUUCAGAGGCCAGGAUGGAGUGGAAGGUGAAGAUCCGCAGCGACGGCACACGCUACAUCACCAAAAGGCCAGUGCGCGACCGCCUGCUGCGAGAGCGCGCCCUCAAGAUCCGCGAGGAGCGCAGCGGCAUGACCACGGAUGACGACGCGGUGAGCGAGAUGAAGAUGGGGCGCUACUGGAGCAAGGAGGAGCGGAAGCAGCACGUGGUGAAGGCCAAGGAGCAGAGGCGCAGGCGCGAGUUCAUGCUGCAGAGCAGGUUGGAUUGUCUGAAGGAGCAGCAAGGGGCCGACGACAGGAAGGAAAUGAACAUCCUGGAGCUGAGCCACAAAAAGAUGAUGAAGAAGAGGAAUAAGAAAAUCUUCGAUAAUUGGAUGACUAUUCAAGAACUCUUAACGCACGGUACAAAAUCCCCAGAUGGCACUAGAGUAUACAAUUCCUUCUUAUCGGUGACUACUGUAUAAUUUUCACUUCUGCAUUAUGUACAUAAGACAGACCACUACCAUUAGGGUAGAGAUUCCUGCCUCGUUCAAUGCGGCAAGUUUUUGUAUAUAAGAUAAACACAGUCAUCAUGUUUAUAGUCCAAUUUUGCCACCCCUACAACUUAGGGUGUCGCCACUCCAUUUAAAGUGGAGGUAAGAUACACCCUUACUGUCUUGGAAGGCAAUAUAACAAACGCUUUUUUCAAAUAGCAAUUGUACUUUUUUACUUGUUACCUUUUACAUAAAGUGUUUAAAUUUCCAAAAAAAAAAAAAAAAAAGAGAUCUCUUAUUAAGCAUCUUUCACAGAAUAAUUUGUUUAAACUAUAUUCAUAUUUUAAAAGGUUAAACAUGCUUUCUUUUCCUGCCUAAGACACAAAUACAACUGCCAGUAUGUAUUUUUAAUGGAACCCUAUUUUAUAAUGUUAUUUCUCCGAAUGUGUUUCAUAGGAGUGACCAUUAAUAUAUUAUGUAGGUCUAGGUUUCAACUCAAAACCACCCAACUCUGUGGUUAAUGAUUUAAUACACAUAACCAAACCAGCAGUGUUGAGUUGGAAUAUACAUUUUAACAUUUUUCUCAUUAAAGUUCCCAAGAGAGUGUAAAGGUUUUACGAGAAAGCAAACUAUCAUGCAGCUUUAUGGAAGUUUAAAGCAUGUUUGCAAAUAUUGCAGCUUGUUGGAAGAAUAUGCAUGUACAGGAGAAUUCUCGGUGGAGUCGGUUUGUGGAAUUUUAAGUGCUCAUUGUAGUAAAUUUUUGCUUUGUAGAUCCAAAGGUACAGACUUAUACAAGCAAGUUCAUGAAAUCAUGAUUAGUUACAAACAUUAAAUGAAGUUAAAAUAAAUUAUUAUUUUCUAUUUGAUAUGUUUUCAAUGUGAUUCCUCAUUUUGCAGUGGUGCUUAUAAAAUAAAAGCUUUUUGCAGUGUUGA